GAGCGGGAAAUCAGAAUUCGAAAAACUGAAAAAAGGUUAUAACAAAAAUUAAAACAAGUUAUUAUUAUAAGGAAAAACUCAAAAACAUGGAUAAUAAUCGAAUAAUUAAAAAAUUACAGAAUGCUUUGAAAUUAGGUGGUUUUAAUAUUCGUAGGGAAUUAUGUACAAUCAUAGUAGAAGAAUUUACAAAGAGGAAAAUAAACUUAAGUGAUAAAAUAGUCUUUGAAGACUGCAUAACACAUUUGAGUUCAUCUCUUGAAAAUCAAUGUAUUGCAGGACAGAGUAUUGAGGAAGGUCAAGUAGUACGAGCUGUUGAGAUUUUUCUGAAUUCCGGAUUGGAUAGAAAUGAGACAGCUUUCUCAGUCAUUGAAGCUUUUGACUUUCCCAAAUUUUAUUAUGAUCCUGACCGGAAAUUAUACUUAUUAUCUAAGCAAAAAUCGAAACUCCUCUCAGAUGCUACCUCAAAAUCAAUGGUAUUUAUUGAACGAUACCAAACAAUAUUACAAAAAACACGAAGGAUGUUCUUAUCUACUGCAUCUGCUGGAGAGAAAAAUAUGUUGAAACUCCAAACUGUAGAUUUCCUACUAACAAUAUCAAAUGUCUGCUUAAAAAACACGUUGAUCUUAGGUUCAAUUAUUCAAGUUUCAGAGGGAAAAUAUUGCCUAGAGGAUCCAACUGGAAUGGUAAACUUGGAUAUGAGCCACGCAAACUUUCAGGGAGGUUUAUUCGUUGAGAACAGUUUUGUGUUAGUUAAUGGUGUUUAUGAGGAUAAAACUCUUACAGUAUCAACAAUGUUGAUGCCACCAGGAGAGGCAUAUGAGGAAUCAAGGGCUUCAUUUGCAAAUAUCAACUACUUUGGAGGUCCAUCAAGAGUACCACUAAGAGAUUCAAAAAACUUAAGAGAACAUGCAGAAAGGAAUGAAAAUGGGAUGAUACAAAUUUUUUCUGAUGUUUGGUUGGAUCAUGCCCUGGUUUUCGAAAAACUGGAAACAUUAUUCGAAGGUUUUCAAGAGGAUCCACCUAUCGCAUUUUUAUUUCUGGGGAAUUUCGUAUCUGAAUCACAUGGACAUGAAAGAAUGGAUAUUUUGAAGAAAUGUUUUAAGCAACUAGGAGAACUUUUAAGCCGUUACCAAAGUUUAAUAAGUAACAGUCAAUUUGUUUUUGUCCCUGGAACAACAGAUCCAUCGACACCUCAUAUUGUACCAAGGUUAUCUCUACCAUCGUAUAUAAUAGAAGAUUUUUUGAAAUUGGUGCCAAAAGCUGUAUUUACAACCAACCCUUGCAGAAUCCAAUAUUGCCACAGAGAAAUCACAGUAUUCAGAUGUGAUCUCCUCACUAAAUUACUGCAAGGUGCCUUAUCCAAACCCAACAAAGAUCAUAUAGCAGAUUAUGUUACAAGAACUGUGAUAAGUCAGGGUCAUUUGACGCCGAUGUCAUUGAAUUCCCAGCCUGUACAUUGGGAUUUCGAUUAUACGUUAAGACUUCAUCCAUUGCCAGAUCUGAUAAUUUUAGGAGACAAAUCGGAGACAUAUAUAGGAGAACACAAAGGGUGUAAAGUGGUCAACCCAGGACCUUUUUGUGAAAAGGGAUUUGAAUUCAUAUCAUAUACUCCUUUUACAAAUAGCAUUGAACCUUGUGCACUAUAACAGUAAAAAAUGUACCAUU